UGUCUGCUCUCAAACUUUGCAGGGAUCAUUUCUGGCUUCUCUUGGGGGCGUUUCAAAAGGCUGGGAAAGGCAGUUUUGCCGGCUGGAUUGGGAUUCAGCAUAAACUGUCUUGAAACUUUUAAGGUGGAGAUUUCUUCAUACUGAUUGAGGAGGUAAACCUCACCUCAGCUGCAGUUUGUGGUUAACAGAGAAUCUGUAGGAGGGGAGAUACCAUUCAUAAUAAAGGAGGAUUAUAUUUACAAACAUUAACUGGUGGCAUGGUUGUCUUGCUGGCGUGGGACAGAGACAGACAGCAAUGGAAUGAAUGUUAUUUCAGCUCCCCUUGCAGGAAUAUACUACUGUGUUUAAAUAUACUGUAAAAGAGCAUUGAAGAAACAUUCAGGUACUGUUAAUCUUACAAUAAAAGAAAUGAAGCUGGAAGACUAAACUGACAGACUUUUCAAGAUGGCAUGAUGGAUAAUAUAAACAGUUCUAUUCACGCUGAUCAAAAUGGAUUCGUUAACAGAGUGUUUAAUGCUUCCUUAGACUUAGAGAACUCAAAAGGCACAAUGAAAAUCAGUGAUGUGGACCUCUGUGACCCAAAGGAUGUGGGUCAGGGCCUUGGCAAGGAGAAAAGUCAAUUUCAAAAGAAACCUAAUAACUCUGGGAUUUGGAGGAUCCUCAGCAGGAGGAAGACAACAUCUGGUUAUGAAAAAAGGCCCCAUUCCAUGAUUCUUCCAGGGGAGUCCUCAGUCCCCAAAUUAUCAUUUGUGGACAAAGUGAGAUUCUUCAAAAAGCUGAGGUCUACCUCAAGGAGCAGAGGAAACAGACACUCGGAAGCCUCAACAAUCAACAAUGUUCUGAAAGUGGAGGGAGACCCAGAACAGCUGCAUAGCUGGGACUUCUCAUGUGAGAUUUAUUCCAAUAGACAUUUGACCAGACACAAAGCUUUUCGGCACUCUUAUGGAGGCCACAUCAGGGACAUGGACUGUUCAUUUGAAGAUGUAGAUUUAACCAGCCCUUCUGAAAAUGCUAUCAAUGAGAACAACUGGCUCAGGGAAAUUUGCAGACAGCAAAAUGGCAGUGGGAACAUGGACAGAAUAUCCAAUGGGAAGAGAACUCCCCCCGUUUUCUUGAACAGUAACAGUUCAGUAGUUUGUCAAGAGCAUGUCCUUAGGGAUUGCCCAAAGACCCCGCAGGGAGGAAGACGGGCCAAUGGUGCAGACGUCUGGAGCUACUUGAAGAACAUUUCUUUCAUGGGGAAAGUGAACUCCGGCAUGGCGGAACAAAGUAUUGAUUCUGAAUUCCACACCUUGGACAAAACCAUUGAUUCAGACUGCGCCUCCAGCGACGAUGGAGAUCCCAACCCCCCACCCAAAAAGAACAGCAAGAGCAAAGGAAGUCAUUUCGGUGGGCUGUUCAGGUUUUUUAGCAGUAUAACACAAACAGCAAGGAGAUGGAGGAGCUCUGCCAGGUCCUCCACACAACCUGCGCAGUCCCCUCUGGGAACCCCCUGCGUACCGAGAUCGGGACUCUCAGCUCAUGGCUUGUCUUUACACUUAGGGAACGAACAUCAGCCCUUGCCACCAAUGGUCAAGCCUGUUCUGCCUUCAGACUCUGGGCUAUGUGACCCCCUAACUCCGGCAACGUUAUCAGGAGCCAAGUCCCCUCAAGUAGCUGUAAAAUCAAGGUCCAGUGAAGAUUCGCUGAGCCCCAAUGGUUACUCUCCUAAAAUGACAUGCAAACCUGAAGCUCUUCCAAGUGUACCUCAGGGAUCUAUCAGUACCCCAACUUACAGCAGAGACCAUUUCUCAAGUGAAGGGGGGAGUCACCUUGUGAACAGGACAAGGCUGGAUAACACCCUUCUCCAGGAUUUGCACAAUGAAGGAAAAAACACUGAAGACCAGCCUGUUUUAAAAGGGUUCUCACAUCAUAAGCAGGAGCAGCAGGGCUACAAUACUGACACAACCAGGGAACAUGGAUUACAGAAAGCAGCUGCACUCAACCACUCAGGAAGGCAGGAAGAAAAGGAUCAGGUGGAAGACACAUCUUUGGAGAAUGAAACUGAGCACUUUCAAACACCAAUGGAUAACAAUAACAGCCUAUCGGAUUGGAAGACCACUUCCCCAAAACGGAGGAAGCGGCGCCCAGCAUCAGCCUACAGCAUGAUGCUAAAUUUGCAAUGUCCAAUACCUGAAGAGGGGUCCAUUGUGACAUCACAACCCAAGCCUGCUGAGCAAGACAACUGCGUGGGCCUGCGCCUCGCAGAGCAGAACUCUCCAAACAUUCCGUCUAAGUUCCAGACAAAGAGGCCCCUUGUGAGACAGAGACCCCACUCUGUGAUAGAGGGUGCUGCCGUGGACCAUGCAGAGGUUCUACAUCCACCCAGACCUGCGUCUCGUCCUCCUGGACUCUGCCCUCAGGAGCCCCAUUCCCGUGCCGCUGCACUGCAGAGAUGUUGUUCCCUUCCCCUGUCCCAGAGCACUCCCACUGGGCUGGAUGAGAUGGGGUGGAGGGGACACACGCUACACAAACCAGCUGAGGUUCCUCUGGGUAUGGAGACCGCGAGGGUGCGUGACAGAGGCGGCGGCACAAUCAGGAGAAGACUGCUGAAGCUGGGAGCUGAGCAACUUCAAGUUAAUAAAUUGAUCAGUGGUGGUACUCUCGUUAGUGCUGAGGCAGUAUGGGAUCACGUCACCAUGGUCGACCGGGAGCUGGCAUUUAAAGCAGGAGACGUUAUCAAGGUCCUUGAUGCAUCCAAUAAGGACUGGUGGUGGGGACAGAUAGACGACGAGGAAGGAUGGUUUCCUGCCAGCUUUGUGAGGGUUGAAUCCUCCCCUCCUCAUCCACAAACAAAAUCGAAUUUCUAUGUCAACCCGUUAGCAGCCUCGAGAUAUCAAAAUACAACUUCCAAGCUAUGGGUAAACCAGGAAGAUGGUGUGGAUGCUGUAGAGGGGACCAGCGAGGUCCAGAAUGGCCACCUGGACCCCAGCAACGACUGCCUCUGCCUUGGCAGGCCGCUGCAGAACAGGGACCAGAUGAGGGCCAAUGUGAUCAAUGAGAUCAUGAGCACGGAGAGGCACUACAUCAAACACCUGAAGGACAUCUGUGAGGGUUACCUAAAGCAGUGCCGAAAGCGAAGAGACAUGUUCAGCGACGAUCAGCUAAAAGUGAUCUUCGGGAAUAUCGAAGACAUUUACAGAUUUCAGAUGGGCUUUGUACGGGAUCUGGAGAAGCAGUACAACACUGAGGAGCCUCAUCUUAGCGAAAUCGGCCCUUGCUUUCUAGAACAUCAAGAUGGCUUCUGGAUUUACUCUGAGUACUGUAAUAACCACUUGGACGCAUGCAUGGAGCUCUCCAAGCUAAUGAAAGAUGGCAGGUACCAGCAUUUCUUCGAAGCCUGCCGUCUGCUGCAGCAGAUGAUCGACAUCGCCAUCGAUGGCUUCCUCCUCACGCCCGUUCAGAAGAUCUGCAAGUACCCCCUGCAGCUGGCAGAGCUGCUCAAGUACACAGCCCAGGACCACAGUGACUACAGAUACGUGGCUGCAGGCCUGGCUGUCAUGAGAAAUGUAACCCAGCAGAUAAACGAGCGGAAGAGGAGACUGGAGAAUAUCGACAAGAUCGCGCAGUGGCAGGCCUCUGUCCUGGAAUGGGAGGGUGAUGACAUUCUGGACAGAAGCUCAGAGUUGAUCUAUACCGGGGAGAUGUCAUGGAUUUACCAGCCAUACGGAAGAAAUCAGCAGAGAGUUUUCUUUCUGUUCGACCACCAGCUGGUCCUCUGUAAAAAGGACUUGAUACGGCGGGACAUUCUCUACUACAAGGGACGCAUCGACAUGGACAGGUAUGAGGUGAUGGACGCGGAGGACAGCCGUGACGAUGACUUCCACGUCAGCAUCAAGAACGCUUUCAAACUGCACAACAAGGACACGGAAGAGAUCCACUUAUUCCUCGCAAAGAAGCUGGAGGAGAAGCUACGGUGGCUCAGAGCUUUCCACGAAGAACGCAAGAUGGUGCAAGAAGACGAGAAGAUAGGGUUUGAAAUCUCUGAGUAUCAGAAGAGACAGGCAGCUAUGACUGUGCGAAAAGUCAGCAAACAGAAAGGUGCAGGUCAAACAAGGUCUGUUCCCCCCUCCUACCCCCCUCCCCAGGACCCAAUGAAUCAGGGACAGUUCUUGGUGACUGACGGAAUGGUCCAGAUGGCCCAGUCCCAGGUAUUUGAGUUUGCAGAACCCAAACGGAGCCAGUCUCCCUUCUGGCAAAACUUCAGCAGGUUAACGCCGUUUAAAAAAUAAAAGAAGCAAGUUUUUUUUUUUUAGAAGGACAACCUUAUUUUUUUGAGAAGGACUGUACUGCAAAACAAAAACAACAAAAAAAACUGAUCAAUGACUUAAUAAAUAAAAAGGAACAAUGUGAUUUGGAAUGCUACUGAUUUCAAGAUGACUGCUAACACUACCACGGAUCCGGGAACUUGCAAAAAUCCUUGAUCGAAACACUCUUGUGUUCUGUCAAAUCCUUUUCUUUUCUUGUUGGCUGUGCCCUUCUGGGAACAGGACAACAUCAUUCUUCUUCUUCUUAGCAGGAGAACUGCGUCAACACAUAUAAACACAUAUCUAAAAAGAAAAACAAAAGAGAAAAACCAUUUCAAUGUUUGUGCCAUUCUGAGUGCGCUUUGUAGUGCACUGUGCAAUGGGUGGGCAUUUCUGUUGCUUUUCUUGUUUCUCGCUGUUUUUUGGGGAUGUCAGUAUUAUUAUGUGGCAGGUUGUUCUGGCUAAGCAAAGCAAGGUUUAGUCUGGUAAUAUUUUAUUGCAUAUUUUAAAUGUUCUGUUACUACUGAAUACUGCAUGGAUUGGUCAGUUCACAUGCAGGUAUUAUAUGUUCAAUGGUAUUCUAAUGGGUCAAGGCACCAAAUCAGCUUGCGGAUUUCUUAAUGAUAUAUAAUGCUGCCGACAGGGUAUUUUUCUUUUCGAGGACCAGAGUAACUUUUUUUUUUGUUUACAUGUUAUACAGAGAUUCCCUUUCCAAGCAAAAUAAACAGAGGAUACUUUAUAUAUGUAGCUACUGUGUAUACAUUAACCUCUGCUGGAUUCAGCUCCCUCCAGUUACAUUGUAGUUCCAUUCUGUAUUUUAUUUUUAUUAUCUACAGUAGCCCUUCUGCAGGUCACUGGCUACACAUUAUGAGAGGGACUUUGGUUUGCUUAACAGUGCUUUGCUUGCAUUAAUGAUCUUUCACUUUGACAGCCACGAUUCUGCAUGGAAGUUGACACGUGUCACAGACAGCAUGCACGGGACAUACAGUACAGAGUGUAUGGCAAAAGCAUGAAAAGAGCAAUGCAAAACAGCGCCCUGUGUGCCGUUCGUCAUGCAGCGCAGCACUGAUAAUAGAGAAUGAAACAGGCCCUAAAGUACAACCUGGAUGAGUUAGCAAGCACAGUGCAAUAGCCUGUGGGUCUUGUCUAGGCAUCUUCAUGACUUCUGCAGCAAGCUAUUUCAUUAGUAAUGAUGUAUCUCGUAAGAAAUUACAAAGUACUGGUGGAGGAAAAUAAAAAAUAGAUAGAUAGGUGUUAUUAAAAACUGCCCCAGCAACAUUUUAUGCUCUGUGCAUGAACAGCUAUCUAGAAACAUCUGCUGGCGAGGGACUGAUUGGGUGAUGCCAACGGCAACCAAGCAGCCUUCAUUAACAUGCGUACCCCAUGUUCAUAGACACUAGAAAACCCCAGAGCUAAAAACUAAGCUGGUCCCAAUUAUCCAGAUUUCACUGACAAUUUGUGAAGACCUCAGGUUAGAAUCAGAGUAUUACUGCUCAGUGUAUAACAUACUAUGAGAUUCCAGCAUAAAGCGCAUUACUGACAUACACAGUGCUUGCUGACUUUGCACUUGUGCUUCCUAAUUGAGUCAUCCACAAAGUACUAUAGGGCGGUUGGACCCUGUUUUACAAACUUUUAUUUAAUUAAUUUUUUUUAAAAGCCUGUUUUGUUAUCUUAAAAAAAAAAAAAAAAAAAAAAAAAAAAAAAGGUUUGGUAUUUUUCUGUUUUUAUCUGUUUUUAAAAAAGAGUUUGGAGUUUAGUGCAGAAGUCUGCAAACAACGGAAUUAAAAACGUUUUGGGAAUAAUAUGCAUUUGCUUUAACGCCCCUCUCUCAUAAAAGUGCUGCACCAAAUAUACGCAACUUAAGUUCCAUUACUAUAUUUAAUAAUCUGCACAAUUUAUGUAUGACAUCUGGUCUUGUGUUUGCGCUUCAGUUACAAGCAUAUAUAAAAAAAAUAAAUUGCCAGAUAAUAUAGAUUUCUACGCAGCAGCUUAAAUUCUUAAUGGCGUGGUACCAACCAGUAUUGAUCCUGGUUCAGAUCUUGAUGUGACUGGUAAAUACCAUUCCGUAGGGUUAUUCUGGUCAGAUUGUUUAGUUUCAUGUAAUUUGAUUAGUGAAAUCAGGUUAAUGCCUGGUCUGAAUUUCUAAAAGACAUGCUUAUAAAUAAUUGUCAGCCCAGUUACCGUUCAUUUCUAUAACCCCUGAUUUAUAUUGCUAGCCCAGUUAAUAUAUUAUCUUUCAGGAAUGCAGUGUCCACAUCUUUAGUCAUAUACAGAAACUGUAUGAACACGCGAGAAAAAUUACUGUCUAAAAGUAAAGUUAGCGAGAGACGUUUGCAGGGGGUUAUUGUAAACUUUUAAUCAAUAAAAAGCUUUUUUUUUUAAUCAUUUGGAAAUAUAACAGAGCUUGUCUGCAGUGAGUGAUUCUGUAAGCAGACUCAGAAUGGAAAGAACAAUAUACAUUUUGCACACUAAUCAAGUCCCCUGACAUGCAAAAGUAAUCGUAGUUGAGUAAACGAAUAACCCUUAUAAUAAUUACAAAUUACCUUACAACCAACACGCAGCUAAACUAUGUACAUAUUGUAAAUACUAAAGAGCAUAUAUUUAAAUAUUUGUAUUUUAUGUAUUCAACAUAUACCUUAAGUUACAUGCCAGUUUUAGUUUCAAGGUGAUGCAUGCUAGUGGCAUUGAAGGUUCUGCAAACAUGACACAAACAAAAUCAGUUUUAUUUAAUUUAGUUGUUUCUUAGGAUAAUCAUAUAAUCCCAUUUAUUACUAUAGUGAUGCAAAGUGGAAAAAUGAAUUCCUAAAAAUAAUAAUAAUACUUAUUAUUUCAUUUUUAUCUUGCAGCUGUUGAAAGUAUAAAGGAUCUUCAACUUUCAUUUGACUUACAGUAAAAACUGAAAUACAGUCGAUGCUCUCCUUGACUAGCUCUAUAUAAGGACCAGCACAGAACUGUUACUACAGUCUUGCUACUGCCUGCUAUUUAAACCCAGUUCACUACAUUCUAACUGUGUUAGGCUUAAAUACAGGCUUAAACCCAUAAUUUACAAUGUGUGUAUUCUGGACACUGUAAUGGCGUGGUGGAAUUGUGAUGCCAAGUAAAAUAGUGUAUUCAGAUAUCUGGAUCUUGCGUUGCUGAAAUCUUACUCAACAUUGUCAGCCCAGCAACUCAGUCUAGGGUUAGGCUUGCUAUGUUGGUUUAGCUCUGCUAAAUUAACCCAAUGUUUUGAAAUUGUAAAAACUCUCAACACCAUGCUUAGUAGUUGAUUUUAAAAAGGCAAGACACACACACACACACACACACACACACACACACACACACACACACAC